AUGAUCUUGUCCAAGAUCGUCUCCGCCUCACUGGGGCUCUUCAGCCUCUUCGGUUCGGCUGCCGCCUAUACCAACCCCAUCCGCAACCCCGGCGGUGGUGAUCCUCAGAUCUCGUGGUUCGAUGGGUACUACUACUUCAUCUCGACCGAGUGGACCAACCUCCAACUCGCGCGUGCCACCACCAUUGAAGGCUUAAAGACGGCCACGCCAAAGGUCAUCUAUUCCGAUUCGAACCCGACGCGAUGCUGCAGUGUCUGGGCUCCCGAAAUCCACUACUUUGACGGUAGAUGGUACCUCUACUACACCGCCGGCAACGACGGUAACUUGGAUGGCCAGAGGAUGCAUGCCUUGCAGGGCGGCGCCUCUCCCUGGGAUGACUGGUCCCUCGAUGGCACCGUCGUCCGCUUCAACGACUGGGGCAACUACUUUGUCUACUCCUGCAUGACUGGCGUCUCGCACCAGUCCGCCUGCGUCCGCAAGCUCAACGACGACUACAUCUCCGCCUCGCCCAACAUCACCAUCAUCUCCCAGCCCGACCAGCCCUGGGAGCAGAGCGAGGUCCCCGUCCAGGAAGGCUUCUACGGUCUUUACUUUGGCGGCAAAACGUACAUCGCCUACUCGGCCAACUACUGCUGGACGCCCGAUUACUGCGUCGCCCUGCUCGAGUGGGACGGCGUCACCGACCCGUCCUCCCCCUCGGCCUGGACAAAGAGCAACGGGUGCCAGCUGACGGCGGCCAACGGCAACUUUGGUACGGGCCACAACAGCUUCUUCCGCAGCCCCGACGAGACGGAGACGUACAUCACCUUCCACGCAACGGCGAAUGCCAACGGCGCGUGCGACGACAACCGCUAUGUCAUGGUCCAGCCCAUCACCGCCAACGCGGACGGCACGCCCAACUUUGGCGUCCCGCAAGCUUCCACUUACGAAUGGGCCGAGCCUAGCGCGUAG